AUGCCAAAGGCACCACGCAAGGGAGCAAAGGACUACAUCGAUGUUAGCUUUGACCCUGCCACUCAUGUUAUGCAACAGCACGCCCGUGGUCACCAGCACCAAUUCCACCGAAACAUUACUGUUUAUGCGCCUGGUCUUAGCGCAGGAUAUAAGAAGAUAGUUUUCUUCACACCAUCAUUUCCUCCUCCUCCUCCUCCUCCUCCACCACCACCACCACCGUCCCCGCAACUCCGGACACCCGGGGGAUAUCAGCUAUAUACCGAGUCGCCUCCUCACUCACCGGCUUUGAUAGUGGCCGACGUUGACGACUUGCAGUGGGAUUUGGCGCAUCCCGAGAUCACUCGACGCCGAUGGCUAUUGUCUCAGGUUGCUUCCCCUAUUCCAACAUCCACUGCUGUGGCGCUAGCCAGACCUCCCUACGAGAACGCCGAGCUAGUAACCAGACUGCGCCGUAUCAACGGUGUUCCCAACAACAAAUUCCAUCACAAGCUAAACGAGGAGUAUGAGGUGAAGCAGACUCGCAAAGUGCUCUAUACUGCAUUGGACAGGUUGGACGCCGAAAGUCAUUGUGCUGAAGAAGCAGAAACCCAACUAGCAGAGGCUUUGGAAUGGACACGGUCUAUCAACAAAGCCCAUGUUGCUGCCCAGCAAGAGGCAGCUCAGUUGCAAGAGGAACUGAGGCUUUACAAGCUGCAACUCGACAAUGCGCAGAGAGAAAUUCUUAGAGCCCAAGAUAUACUGGGAGUCAUUGAAGCACAGAGGGAUGAUGCGGAGGCUGCCGCCGCUGACGCGCGCUCAAAGGCUCGAAAAUUGAAUGAAGAGUGCUUAAUUGAGCUCGCAAGGGAGGAGGGUCGCAGGCUUGGGUAUGAAGAGGACAUACAACGCGGUCCCCCUGCCGCUACCCUCUCCGACUCAUGGGAAGAAGCAGAGGUAGCUCCUGUAGUUCUACCUCCUCAGUCUGCACCAGUCACACCCAUGCCAGAGAGCCAAACCGCACCAGAAGUUCUCUGUGUUUCAACACCUGUAUCAUCUUCACUUGAUGGCUGUCGUGACUCUCAUUCUCAUUCUCAUCGUGAUUCCAAAUCUGAUUCCAUCAGUCAAAUGAGCAUGCGUGCUCCUGACCCCAUAGUAAUGCCUGUCAUGGUUGAACACCCGCGGCUUAGGACAGACCCCUCUGUUACCAGUCAAUCUUCUCGUUUGCAUUCACAGCCCCAACCUUGGCCCAUGUCAGAUCGUUCUUCAGCUCUGUCACCCUCAAUCAAACCAAUAUCUGUAAUAAACUCUGCACCUAGUGUUCAGCACUCAGAUUUCCAAGUCCCACCGGACAGCUACAUACCAACCCUGGACAAGGACCAGCGCAUUCUUCUCCCUCCCCCACAUGAACUGAUUUGCAAUAUGUCUUCACCAACACCGUCACAACCUGUCGCUGGCCCAUCCUCAGAUUCUGUCAGAAUGUUCGACUAUCCUCGCCAUGCCUCUCCAGAGUCACAAGCAUCAACAAAGAUGUCUAUGUCUCAAUCCUCCACCAUAUCAGCGCUCGAGAUUAUCGGUCUGCCUAAUAUGACGAACCGCAACAAACAUCGAGAGCGCAACGGUCUGAGUAUCAUUCAUGAAGAUGCCAGCAUCACAGCCGAUUAUGAAACCGUGACUGGAUCUGAUGCAGGACACCAUCACCAUUGCAGCGAAAGAUGCAAUGAAAGAGACACAGACAGUGACGCUACCAAGCACUCGCGGAGAGACCUAUCAAAGCAAAGGCUUGCUGACAAGCUGAGAUGGUCUAACCCAGCUGAGCCUGAGGAAUGGUGUCGAUAUGGCACAGAAAAAGUUUGCUUUCAUACUACAUGGAAUGCAGUUUGA